AUGAAGGACAGCUUCACCCUUGCCGCCGUCAACAGAAACAUUACCGGCAGUCUUCAUCUGGGACUCAUGAACUUCUUUGGCAACAGUGAGUCUGCCUUGAACUGCUCAUAUAAGCCACCAGAUAAGCAGUUAGAUGCAAUUCGCAUUCUCUACUACUUUAUUUUUGUGAUUGGAUCUCUUGUCAAUGCUGUUGCGGUUACACUGUUUUGUUGUCAAAAGGAUCCUAAAAAGGUUUCCAGCAUUUACAUCUUCAAUCUGGCCGUGGCUGACUUACUCCUUGUAGCUACUCUUCCUCUUUGGGCGACCUAUUAUUCUCACAGAUACGACUGGCUCUUUGGACCUGUGAUGUGCCAAGUGUUUGGGUCUUUUCUGACCCUGAACAUGUUUGCAAGCAUUUUUUUUAUCACUUGCGUGAGUGUUGAUAGGUACCAAUCGGUCAUCUACCCCUUUCUGUCUCAAAGAAGAAAUCCCUGGCAAGCAUCUUAUAUAGUUCCCCUUGUGUGGUGUAUGGCCUGUUUGUCCUCAUUGCCAACUUUUUAUUUCCGAGAUGUCAGAACCAUUGACUUCUUAGGAGUGAAUGCUUGCAUUAUGGCUUUCCCUCCUGAGAAAUAUGCCCAGUGGUCGGUUGGGAUAGCCCUAAUGAAAAAUAUCCUUGGUUUUAUUAUCCCUUUAAUAUUCAUAGCAACAUGCUAUUUUGGAGUCAGAAAACACUUGCUGAAGACCAAUAGCUAUGGGAAGAACAGAGUAACCCGUGACCAAGUCUUAAAGAUGGCAGCUGCUGUUGCUCUGGCGUUCAUCAUUUGCUGGCUUCCCUUCCAUGUUCUGACCUUCCUGGAUGCUCUGACCUGGAUGGGUGUCAUUAAUAGCUGUGAAGUUAUAGCAGUCAUUGACCUGGCACUUCCUUUCGCCAUCCUCCUAGGAUUCACCAACAGCUGCGUUAAUCCCUUUCUGUAUUGUUUUAUUGGAAACCGGUUCCAACAGAAGCUCCCUAGUGUGUUUAGGGUUCCAAUUACUUGGCUCCAAGGCAAGAGAGAGAGUAUGUCUUGCCAGAAAAGCAGCUCUCUCAGAGAAAUGGAAACCUUUGUGUCCUAA